AUGGGCGUCCAGGGGCUGACGGGCUUCGUGGAGGAGCGCGGGACGUUCUUCACCGAGCUGCGGGUGCGGGACACCAAGCUGGUCAUCGACGGGAGCAGCCUCUACCACCGCCUCUGCUUCGCCUCCGCCGCCGACUUCCGCCGCGGCGGCGACUACGACCUCUUCGCGGCGGCCGUGCGCGACUUCUUCGGUAGCCUGCGGGCCUGCCGCGUCGCCCCCUUCGUGGUGCUGGACGGCGGGCGCGGCGCCGAGGACAGGAAGCUGCCCACGCUGCGGAGCCGCGCCGCCGAGCGGCUGCGGGCGGCCCACGGGCUCUCCCGCGGCGAGGGCGGCUGCCUUGUGCCGCUGCUGGCCCGAGAGGCCUUCGUGCAGGCGCUGGGCCGGCUGGGCGUGCCCUUCGUGCAGUGCUUCGCCGAGGCCGACCGGGAGAUCGCCGGCCUGGCCAACCGCUGGGGCUGCCCCGUCCUCUCCCUCGACAGCGACUUCUGCGUCUUCGACCUGGCGGGCGGCUACUGCCCGCUGAGCCACUUCCAGUGGCAGAGCGUGUGCGCGGGGGACGGGCCGCAGGGCUGCUACGUGCCCGCCCGCUGCUUCUCCGCGGCCAAGUUCUGCCGGCACUUCGGUCACCCGGACAGGAGGCUGCUCCCGCUCUUCGCCGUCAUGAACGGCAACGACUACCUGGACCUGGCCGCCCUCGAGGCGUUCUUCAGCAAGGCGCCCCUGCCGCGGGGCUGCGCGGCGGGCAAGGGCGGCAGGCACGGCCGCCUCCGCGGGCUGCUGGGCUGGCUGGCGCAGUUCGCCGAGCCGGCAGAGGCUGUGGACAGCGUGCUGAAGUACCUUAGGAAACACCAGAGGGAAGAAAUAAGGGCGCUUCUGUGCACCGCCAUGGAGGACUAUGCUCCCUCUGACGCGAAUCUCGAGGACUUUUUUCAGAGUGGGAAGUAUGAAUGCGAGGCUGCCAGGAAAGCAGACCUACCGCAGUGGGUGCGCGAUGCUUUGGCGAAAGGUAAGCUGGCCCCCUUCAUCAGCGAUGCCCUGAUACUGAGAAGUACCUUCCUCCAUGUUCAGGUGGAGAAUAUGCAGAGACCUAGUGCACAUAGCACAGCUUUGCCCAUUCGACAAGUUAUCUAUGGACUGCUACUGAAAGGGUCGCCCAAUACUGAAGCCGCUUCUCCAAGUAAGCAGACCAACGAGCUGCCAGUUGUAUGUGAAUUUGACAGACUCCAAAAGACACUUAAAAAAACAUUCGUUCAAGCAGCAAGCCUACCCGCAGACUUUUGUGAUGAUCAUUUUCUUUUGGACAAGUUAAUGGAGGUUCCCAUGUCACAUCGUCAGAUGCUUUUGCUGGAGACUCUUGGAGUGAAAAUGAGUUUCCUAGAAUCCAUCCCCAGUCACUUACAACUCCCUGUUGCUGUAACAUGUUACUGGAUACGUUGUUCAGAACCGAAAGUUAAGUUGCAUCAAUUAAAGGCUUUACUUCUAAUGAUAGUAUCUGGAGAACUGCACAGGAUAAUGAAUGAGCCAGAUCCAACAGUUUUAUGUGCUGAAGAUGACAAAGUUGCACAUAAUGAAUUUCUAAAAUGGAAGGAAAAGAACUUGCAAAAUCAAGGCUUUGAUUUAGAUGCUGCACACAGUUUUUGCCAGUGGCAGUGCUGCCUUCAGAUGGGAUUGUACCUCAACCAGCUACUUGGCACUCCCCUCUCUGAGCCAGACAUAAGUCGCAGGCUUUACAGUGGGACCCUUGUGCACAGACUGUAUCAAGAGCUUAAAUCAACACCUUCAGUGGAAAACCUGUUUCAUUUAUCUCCAAAAAUGUCUCAGCUUUAUCAGGUUUUGUUAAAUAUGGUGGAGUCAACUGUAUCUCCAGACUUCUUUCAGAAGAUGACCAAGACCAAGUCUGAGUCCUGCAAAAAGAAGAAAGCAUCUAAUAAGAAAAAAAAGGCCAGCAGGAAUCCAUAGACGACUUCUUACAUUCAGGAAAAUCACUAUUUCCACCUUUAAUCGUUAAAAUUUUACCCAUUACUUACCAGAAUUCAAGCUUGAUUCCUGCAUCGUAUGCUCAGUCCUGGUUGUAUCUCGGGUCUGACAAUUAUUCACAUGGAACUAACUCAGUAGAUCUUGUAAUUUACAGGAAGGGUCUCUGAUAUACAGCUGAGUCCUGAUACUAUCAUAAUAUAUUCAAUGAGAAAAUAAUAGAUUUAUAACAUCUAUUACAUUAAUGAAAAAACUACUUUUGAAGUAGUUUUCAUCUUCCGGUAUGAAAACUGCAACUUAUUAAACUACCAGCAGAUGGCACCUAUGCCCAAACAUGGAGCAAGUUACUAGCCCUUAACAACCCUUUUCUGAAUAGACUUCUAUUUGCAGCAGUAUGCAAAAUCACAUUUCCAUCAGAUAAAUUUAAGUUGAAAGGGGUUAAAGUUCUUGAUUUUAGUAACCAAAACGUACAUCCUUAAUCAUCCAAAUCAUCCUCUGAUCCAUGAUGAUCCCACGUGAUUAAUUUCACCAACCUCAUAGUUCCUUAUGGCUUUUAAUCACAAAUAGUCACAUUUUAAAAGUCUUAGGUAUAUAAACACAUGCAUCUUUGAUUCCACUUUGUUAGUGCUGUGAGAAGAGAAAUCUUAAGUUACUUUGAAUUUAAUCUCCCACUGGGAAAAUGCUGGAGAACUUAAAUUCUUGAGACUUGCUGAGCAGCAGUAUAUUGAAUAAGGUAAAUCAGAAAGUUAAUCCACUUUUGGAUUAAAAAGGCUGCUAUGACCACAUGGUAUUUUAAGAAUACAUUUGGGAGUGCAGGCUUGAUGAUCAAGGAUUACUCUACUGGAACUGUGUUCUCAAUGCAGAAUUCAGCUGUUCUUUGUUGCUGAUAAAAUGAAAUACACCUCAUUGCAAAUACCAAUCCUAUUUAUGGAAGAAAAUAACUACUGAUCCUAGGGUUACUAUUCAGAAUUUAAAUCAAAUGUUCCAAUUUUUAUUUUUGAGUCAUUAUAGGUUUUCAAUCUUCUUUGGGGAAAAGUGAAAAAAAAAAAGCGGGGGGGCUCUUACUAAAACUAAAAUUUUCUCUAUGCUUUAGUAAGAGCAAUAAAUUCCUUGGUUGCUAUCUAUUUUCACCCCACAUUAAAUGCCUCAACUUUUGUGGAAAAAAAAAAUCACACUAUUGAUUCAAUAGUCCUGGAAAAAAAUCUCAAAGUUGGUAUGAGGUGGCAAUGAUGAAGAGUGGAGCCCAAAAAAUGGCAAUGGACUUCAGUCCAUGCAUUUUUUCAUAAUGAGAUUGGGCUAGAUGAAUUACUUGUUAUUGUUUCAUCUUCCACUGGAAAACACAGCAAAACUUAGUUUGACAUAUUUAAAGUGAAUUGCAACCUCACCCUGUGAGAAGACAGAAUUAAUUGUUCACAAGAGACUGAAAUUUCAAUUCUUGUCUAGACCGAGAUAGUUUAAUCCAGAAAGUGAGACUUGUGCUGGGAAAGAAGUACUUCAUAACUUUGUUUAAAGACUAGGCAAUGACACUGUCAAGCUAAGACAAUAAAUCAGUGUUCAUCUGCACUUCUGUACUUAUCUGGAUUUCUGGGACUCCACAACACCAAGCAGUCAAAUCCUACGGAGAGUAUCAACAAGUUAAAAUUUAGCAUGUGAAAGAUAUAGUUACCGUACUUUCUCUCAAAACCCAAGUUUGUUCACGAGAUUCUUCAUCAGUAUGCACCGUCACAUUUUCUACCAUCUGACUUCACUGGAGUCUUAAGAACACUAAAUGAUAAGCUUUUAAAGUGUUCUGAAAUUAUACUGACAUACAAUGCAAUAGCACUACAGCCUCACUUGCCAAAGAUGAAAUUUCAAUUCUUGUCUAGACUGAGAUAGUUUAAUCCAGAAAGUGAGACUUGUGCUUGCAAAGAAGUACUUCAUAAACUUUGUUUAAAGACUAGGCAAUGACACUGUCAAGCUAAGACAACAAAUCAGUGUUCAUCUGCACUUCUGUACUCAUCUGGAUUUCUGGGACUCCACAACACCAAGCAGUCAAAUCCUACGGAGAGUAUCAACAAGUUAAAACUUUUCAACCUCUGAAAGGCAGAACUGCUGGAAACAAGAAACUUUUGCUUGAAGACAUGAAAGCAUUUGUGUUACAAGUCAACUUGUUCAGGCCAUAUCAGCUCAGUGUUUCAUGUAACACCCCGAAGGAAGAGGCGAGAGCCAUACACUGCAGUUUUUACAGGAUUAGAACUCCUGCAAAUUGGUACUACAGGUCAUGUGCAUACUGAGCAGGCCCAGGGUCAGCCUGAGCAAUGGGUGAAUUGCACACGGAAAGCAGACUCAAUGGUGCACCCACUUCCUCACCAAUCCUGGGAAUUUCCAGGAGGAAAAAAAAAGCCAACAGAUUUCUUAGCAGGGAAGUUCAUACAGUACUUUCCAAGCUGCCUUGCUUUCCAUGAAUUCAGAUUCUGAGCAUGGCAAGUGGGGCAAACUGCACAGGUUAAGUACGGAAACAUCCCAGUGCCUGUUUACAACAAUUCCUCCUUGACUGUCAAGAUGACCAUUGUGACAGCACGGCCCAGAGCCAAUACCAGUGCUACACAGAUGUGUAUCCACAUUCUUUCAAGCAAGAGAGAUACCAUUACAUCUCCAACUCUCCCUAGAGAUCUUGGACAUCCUCUUUUCAUUAUUCCCUAGGUGACUGUUCUUGCAUUUCCUCAAGGAAUGAUGAGUUCUACUCUGAUGAGAAGAUGCUGGUGACAACAGCUGCAAGUCUAUUUUGAGGAAGAACACCGUUUCCAAUUAGUGAAUAUUACAAUAUUCAGACAUUAUCAUAUUUUAAAAUACUGUUAAUGAAUCAAGACACAAAGCUAUUAUUAUGCUUUUCUAGCCACAAAAAGUCAUUCUGUAGGUUAACAUUUUAAGUUACACUAUCAGCAGAAAGUUUAUUUUUAUGAUCAGGAUAGAAGGAGGAAGAGGAAGGGAAAUCAAGCUGCUCCGAGAGAGGAGUGGGGUUUUUUUGCCAUUGGAGUGAGGAUUAGUGCAUUCAUUUUCUAACUAAAUACACUACAAAUCAUUUGAAUACCAGUUAUAAGCUAAAGUAAAAAUGGAACAAGACAAACCAAAGCUUUUAUCUAAAAUUAUAUCAAAACAAGCAUGCUAAUCUGGUGUAAAUGCCAGUUCCUUUUAAAACAAAGAGACACCACACUUUUAAGAAAAGCAAACAUUUACUUCAAAUUGCAGUAUAGGCUUUUCAAUCACAGAAAGAGAAAAGAAAAACAGUGAUCUGACAGCGGUCACAUCCUGUGCAAAAAAAACCUUGGGAUACAAAAAAACUGUAGCACGAGGUACUUGAGCCGCUUACACAUUGCAGAAUAAAGUAAAUAAAUACAGUAGCUAGAAUAUGGCACUCUUGUGACAGACUCUAAACCCAGUGGAAUGCCUCUGAAAUAUUUCUUAUCCUUGUAUUAGUAGCAAAGUCCCACCACCAUAAAAGUAAAAUAGUACAAUGUUUUAAAUAAAAACAAACUAAAAUAUUUAUAUCUAAGAGAAGGAUUUUACACAGUUAUAUCUUUUAAGUGCAGAAAAUGGGACUUGGGCUUGGAUCUUUCUUUAAAUUAACCCCCCCACACAUAAAAUCCCAUUCAAUCUCAAAAGUAAAUUUAUGUUUGAGGAAAAAUGUUACCAAAGUUGCAUAAUUUCAUUUGUUACUCCCUCAGCUGGGAGUUAAAUUCUAAACAGUCUUGAAACAUGAGUGUUCAUCAUUAGCCAGUGAAACAAAGGACUUGACAAAAGCCCUCAGGAUUUAUCUUCCAAAUAUUGUUUUGCUUUCUCCUACAACUUUAGACAGCAAUCCCUAAGUUUGCAAACAAAAGAAUGCAAUAUGCAUCAUACAUCGAGAAAAGACGAAGUUGACGAAGAAGAACUUCCACGUUUCUGGAUCUUUUCCUUGCUUCUUUCAAACUUCUUUAUGAUCUCAGUCACUAUGCACACAGAGGAAGUGAGUCCCAGAAGAAACAGUAAAUCUGGAAAGAGAUAAUUAACCACGUAAGGCUGAGGGCAGACUUACAAAAGAACAAGAUUCACAAGAUGUUAAAAUUGUCUUCCAAUCAUGGGGUAAGUUCAGGAGAAAUGAAGCAAGACAAUAAAUUUUUGCCGACCAGAAGAUUAAUAUGAAUAGUUUAUGCACAAAUCAUAAGUACGGGCACAAAAUGUCACACUUUUAAAGUAUUUCAUAACCCCAUUUUUAUUAACAUCUAUGAAAGAAAAGAACACUAAACAAUAUAAUUAACUUCAUACUGAAAAAAUAGUUUCCUAUGUAAAAACACGUAUUUCAUGACAAUCAUUUAACUCCAGAAAAAUGUGGAAGUAAUAAAUGUAAGUCAACAGCAUUAAAUGUAAGGCAAACAGCAUUAUGUAUCUAUAGCUUCUUAAAAUUCUUAUGUCUAUUUAUCCUACGACAAUACAGUUGAUUAUUUAAUAAAGGAUCAAAGAUU